CGGCGCUUUACGGCAGUUGGGCGGCGUGGGGCGCGAUGGCGGGUGAGUGGCGGGGCGCGGAGGCGGCCGUGAGCGCCGAGGAGGAGGAGGAGGAGGAGGAGGAAGAAGAAGAAGAGGGCCGGGAGGAUGGCGAGCGGAGGCACCGGCAGCUCCUGGAGGCGGUCAGCUCCCUCUGCGGCCGGAGGCGGAAGAAGCUGGCGGAGCGCACGGAGGCGAGCGUGCAGGUGUCGGAGUUCCACGUCAGCUGCGAAGGUGCUGGGGAGAAGCUGGUUCUGUCCGAGCUCCUGCAGCCCAUCCGGCCUAAAUCCGCCCUGGGCGCCGUGCGGAAGGAGCUGAGCAGAGUGAAGCAGCAGAAGGCGGUGGAGCUGCCGCUCAGCAAAGAGGAGGCAAAGCGGGUCGUGAGGGAAGCUGCCUACGUCGGGACCUCCAAAGAUGUGGGCAAGUGGCAGGAGGUGGUUUUGCAGAACCGUCGGGCGGAGCAGCUGGUUUUCCCCCUCAAGCAGGAGAUCCCGACGGUCGCUCCCCUGGAACGAGUGGUCUCGGCGUGGGAGGCCCGAACGCCCCUGGAGCAGGAGAUCUUCGCGCUGCUCCGCAGGACGCGGCAGCCCGUCACGGACCCGCUGCUGACGCCAGAGGAGACGGCCUCGCUGCAGGCGAUGAGCUUGGAGGAGGCCCGGCAGCGGCGGGCGGAGCUGCAGAAGGCUCGGGUCCUGCAGUCCUACUACGAAGCCAAAGCUCGGCGAGAGAAGAAAAUCAAGAGCAAGAAGUACCACCGCGUGCUGAAAAAAAGCCAGAGACGCAAGGCCUUGAAGGAGUUUGAGCUGCUGCAGAAGUCGGACCCCUCGGCCGCCUUGGCGAAGCUGGAGGAGCUGGAGCAGCUCAGGAUGCAGGAGCGGAUGAGUCUUAAGCACCAGAACAAGGGAAAAUGGGCCCGCUCCAGGGCCAUUGUGGCUAAGUAUGACCUGGAGGCCCGCAAGGCCAUGCAGGAGCAGCUGGCCAGGAACAAGGAGCUGACGCAGAAGGUGCGGGUGGAGCUGCCCGAGGAGGAGCCGGGGGAUGUGCCUGAGGAGGAGCUGGCGGCGGUGACCGUCCCCGCGGGAGCCAGCGGAGCUAAUCCCUGGAUGCUGGGCCAGCCCAGCGGCCCGGCCGAGGAGCCCGAGGCCCAGGAGGGUCUCGGAGAUGUCGCAGUGCCUGGCGCUGCGGAGAGCAAGGAGGAGAUGGAGGAAGAGGAGGAGGAGGAGCUGUCGGAGGAGGAAGCUCUGCUACAAGACUUUGCGCAGAAACGGCACGUGCGGCAGCAGCGGGCAGGGAGCCCUGAAGGACAAGGUGCUGGUGAGACAGAGGCAGGUCCUGAUCUGCUGGGGGAGGGCCCCGUCUGUGCCGAGGAGCAGGCGAGCGGAGGGCUGGAGCUGCCUCCCCAGGCCCAGGAGCAGCUCCUGCUGUCGGAGCAGCUCGGCCGGGUGCAGACGGUGGAGGACGUCGAGGCUCUGGCCUCGGAGGAGCGGGUGGAAGAGCAGGAGAACCAGGCGGCCACGAGGGCAGAGAAACCAGCAGCCACGAGGGCAGAGAAACCAGCAGCCAUGAGGGCAGAGAAACCGGGAGCCACGAGGGCGGAGAAGCGAGCGCAGCAGCGGGAGGAAGGCAGAGCUGGGGACAAAGGUGCCAAGAAGCCCCCGGCCAAGAAGAAGAUGAUUAGCCUGCGGGCUGUGCUGGCUGGGAAGCCCCAGAAGGUUCUGUGCCCCAACCUGCCUGUGGUCAUGGAGGAGGAGGAAGGUGGCAUCGACCAGAGAGGGGUGAUCACAGAGGCCUUUGCCGGCGACGACGUGGUCGCCGACUUCCGCCGGGAGAAGCGCAAGGCAGAGGAGGCUGCGAAGCCGCAGCCCGUGAACCUGGUGCUGCCGGGCUGGGGCGAGUGGGGAGGCACGGGCCUGAAGCCCAGCACCAAGAAAAUAAAACGGUUCCUGCUCAAGCCGCCGCCGGCACCUCCCAGGAAGGACCAGCACCUGCCCCACGUCAUCGUGAGCGAGCGGCGCAACAUCCACGCGGCAGCGCACCAGGUCAGCGACCUGCCCUUCCCCUUCGAGAGGCACCAGCAGUUCGAGCAGAGCAUCCGGGCGCCCCUGGGCCCCACCUGGAACACGCAGCGCGCCUUCCAGAAGCUGACCGCCCCCCGCGUCCUCACCCGAGCCGGCCACAUCAUCCAGCCCCUCUCGGCCGAGGAUGUCCCCGACCUGGCCCCCGCGGCCAAGCCGGCGCUGGAAGUUGUUCCCAAGCAGCACGAGCAGCCCCUGGGCCGCCGGCGCAGGACAGCGCGGUAGCCUCUGCGCCCACCUCCCCCUGCUGCUGGCACCGGGGGAGGGAGGCUCCCAGUCCGGCCCAGUACCUCCUGCUUCCCCCCCCCCCAACAAUAAAACUGGGCAGCCUCGUC